CCCAUAAAGACCAAGGAGCGGUUGGGUCCACAAGAGCAUACAUUCAAUCGCCAUAUACCAAGGAUUACCCAUGUUGUCCGCCGUGAGGAACUCUGUCGGCGCCGCCCGCUCGGCAAAUGUCCGUGCUUUCCAUGCUACUCGUCCUGGUGCCCGUAUCAUCGGAUCCCAGCCUCUGCGCGCUCAGGAGGCCUCUGGUGCCAUCUCUUCCAAGUACCCUGUCAUCGACCACGAGUACGACGCGAUCGUUGUUGGUGCCGGUGGUGCUGGUCUUCGUGCCGCCUUCGGUCUCGCUGAGGCCGGUCUCAACACUGCUUGUAUCACCAAGCUCUUCCCUACCAGAUCACACACUGUCGCCGCGCAGGGUGGUAUCAACGCCGCUUUGGGUAACAUGACUGAGGAUGACUGGAGAUGGCACAUGUACGACACAGUCAAGGGAUCCGACUGGCUCGGUGACCAGGAUGCUAUUCACUACAUGACUCGUGAGGCUCCCGCCACCGUUAUCGAGUUGGAGCACUACGGUGUCCCCUUCUCCCGUACCGACGAGGGAAAGAUCUACCAGCGUGCUUUCGGAGGACAGAGCUUGAAGUUCGGAAAGGGUGGACAGGCGUACCGUUGUGCUGCCGUCGCUGACCGUACCGGUCACUCCCUUCUCCACACCCUUUACGGUCAGUCUUUGCGCCACAACACGAACUUCUUCAUCGAGUACUUUGCUCUUGACUUGUUGAUGGAGGAUGGCAAGUGUGUUGGUGUUAUCGCUCUUAACCAGGAGGACGGUACCCUCCACCGCUUCCGCGCCCACCAGACCGUUCUCGCCACCGGUGGUUACGGACGUGCCUACUUCUCUUGUACCUCCGCCCACACCUGUACCGGAGACGGUAACGCCAUGGUCGCCCGUGCUGGUCUUCCCCUUCAGGACUUGGAGUUCGUCCAGUUCCACCCCACUGGUAUCUACGGUGCCGGUUGUUUGAUUACUGAGGGUUCCCGUGGUGAGGGAGGUUACUUGUUGAACGCUAACGGUGAGCGUUUCAUGGAGCGCUACGCGCCUACUGCUAAGGAUUUGGCUUCCCGUGACGUCGUUUCCCGUUCCAUGACCAUGGAGAUCCGUGAGGGCCGUGGUGUCGGACCCGAGAAGGACCAUAUCUACCUCCAGCUUUCUCAUUUGCCCGCUGAGGUCCUCCACGAGCGUCUCCCCGGUAUCUCCGAGACCGCUGCCAUUUUCGCUGGUGUUGACGUUACCAAGGAGCCCAUCCCCGUCUUGCCCACCGUCCACUACAACAUGGGUGGUAUCCCCACCAACUACCACGGUCAGGUUAUCACUGUCGACAAGGAGGGUAAGGACCAGAUUGUUGAUGGUCUUUACGCUGCUGGUGAGGCUGCUUGUGUCUCCGUCCACGGUGCUAACCGUCUUGGUGCCAACUCCCUUCUCGACAUCGUCGUCUUCGGUCGUGCUUGCGCCAACCACAUCAAGGAGAACUUGACCCCUGGCAAGCCCCACAAGCCUAUCUCUGCCGACUCUGGUGCCCAGACCAUCGCCACCCUCGACAAGCUCCGCACCGCCGAGGGUACCCGCUCCACUGCCCAGAUCCGUCUUGACAUGCAGAAGGUCAUGCAGACCGACGUCUCUGUCUUCCGUACCGAGCAGUCCUUGAAGGAGGGUGUCGAGAAGAUCCUCAAGGUCGACCGUUCUUUCGAGAACGUCGCCACUACCGACCGUUCCAUGAUCUGGAACACCGACUUGAUCGAGACCUGGGAGUUGAUGAACUUGUUGACCUGUGCGUCCCAGACUGCUGUGUCUGCCGAGGCAAGAAAGGAGUCUCGUGGUGCGCAUGCUCACGAGGACUUCCCUGAGCGUGAUGAUGUGAAGUGGAUGAAGCACACCCUCUCUUGGCAGGAUCCUGAGACCAAGGAGGUUAAGUUGUCGUACCGUGCUGUUCAGGACAAGACUUUGGAUGAGGCCGAGUGUAAGCCUGUUCCUCCAUUCAAGAGAACUUACUAA